UAAAAGUAGAUUUGAAAAAAUCCCAAGUCAGUCUUAUAUUUUCCAAUUGGAAAUUAGAAUGACCAGCACACUUAAUAACAUAUAAAAACUGAAUCAUGUGGAACGUUUCAUUUUCAUUAAAAAAAAAAGUUUCCCACCGAGAUGUUUUCCAUCCUUUCUACGACGCCAUGACUUCUAGUGUAACCUGAGUCUCUGACAAAUGAGAAUGAGAAGUUUCGGGGGAAGAGAUGAAGAACAAGAUGGCUGUUCUGGGACAAGAAAAAUAUCUUUGUUUUUUCACUUUAUAAGCAUAUUUUCACUUGUAAGGAAUUAUCAUGGGCCUAUUUAACGACCCCAACCACCUCUAAGACACAAGUGUCUAAUUAAGGACUUAGUUUUUGCGACGGAAUUGAACUUCGCUCGAGGAAAGUUUUCUAACGGUUUGCGGCGAUAGUUACAGCUGUAAGAUAUAAGGGGGAGGAUGUUGUAGCUGGACGAGCUCUCGUAUGGCCUUUCUAAACGUUUUAGCCUCUAACCUUUAGUUGUUGACAACUUUUCAGAAGCUUGUGGUAGUAUUUAGGCAUUUACCACUGCAGAUAAUAUCGUCGAACCGAAAAGAUGGGAAUGUUUUGAAUUCCUUCUGAACGUCAUUGAACGGAGAAGAAAAUACAUAUUUUUUACCCAGCCCCUUUUUUGUGGGUGAUGCCAACCAACUUUUCAAAUGCCUAGUGCUUCUUGGAAAAAAUAGAGAGAGAGAGUAAGAGGAAGAGCUAACUGGACCAUGAAUUCAUCUCGAGUCAGACCUCAGCAGCCACCGCUGAGCCACUCCGGCAAGUCGCCGCCGCAGAGCCUCGACUCAAGCGAGGGGAUAGAGAUGGAGAACAUCCAGCAUCAAGACCUGGGGCUCGGAGGCAUCGCUGGCACCCCGUCCCCUCCGUCCAGACAGGCCUGGAGCCGGGACAACCCGGGCUUCGAACCGGAGGAGGGGAUCAUGGAGGCAGACUGGCCUCAGGCGAGUAGCGGGAGGAGGUCGGUGUCCACGGCCUCCAGCGGCAGCUGCAGCAGCGGCCUGGGCGGCUUCACCCGCGGGGGCAGCAGCUCUCAGAUCCCCCGCGGAGGACUGUACCCGACCCCCACCCUGAAUGCCCAGCAGCAGGACAGGCAUGAGCACCGCAGCUGCCUGAAGCAAAUACUUCAGAAAGUUAGAAUUCUGUGGGGGACAGAGUUGAUGGAGGAAAGUGACAGCAGCAGAGAGAGGUACCUCAGGAACGUACUGAGGGAGAUGCUGACAUAUAUCAGUUUCCUCAUCAUCAUUUGCAUCUUGACCUACGGGAUGGUGAGUGCCAACAUGUACUAUUACACUAAAGUCAUGUCUCAGCUUUUCCUUGAUGCGCCGCUGGCAACUGGGGAUCCAACUACGUUCAGAAGCCUGUCCACAAUGGAGGAUUUCUGGAGGUUUGCACAGGGGCCCUUUCUCAAUGGCAUGUACUGGGAGGUGUGGUACAACAACAAAAACCUGCCGGAGAAUCAGAGUCUAAUCUACUACGAGAACCUCCUCCUCGGGGUGCCACGGCUCCGGCAGCUCAAAGUCCGCAAUGAGUCCUGCUCUAUCCACGAAGACCUGAGGGAUGAGGUGCAGGACUGCUACAAUAUAUACACCCCAAGCAACGAGGACACCGCCCCCUUCGGCCCUAGGAACGGCACUGCGUGGAUAUACACUGCAGAGAGUGAAAUGAAUGACAGCAGCCACUGGGGUCAGGUGUCCAAGUAUGGAGGCGGAGGAUACUACCAAGACCUGUCUCGUACCAAAGAGGCGUCUGCCAUCCAGCUGCAGUUCCUCAAAGACCAGCUGUGGCUGGACAGAGGCACCAGAGCAGUGUUCCUCGACUUCUCUGUCUACAAUGGAAACAUAAACCUUUUCUGUAUUGCCAGGUUGUUGGUGGAGUUUCCAGCUACCGGUGGGGUGGUGACUUCGUGGCAGUUCCAAACUGUGCGACUGAUAAGAUAUGUGUCCAGCUGGGACUACUUUGUGGCCGUGUGUGAAGUGGCCUUCUGCCUGUUCAUCGUGUACUAUGUGGUUGAGGAGGUGCUGGAGAUCCACAUCCACCGCCUGCAUUAUUUCAAGAGCUUGUGGAACUGUCUCGACGUUCUCAUUGUCGUGCUAAGCGUUGUUGCUGUUAUCAUGAACAUAACCAGAUCGGCCAUGGCUAAAAACCUGCUGAAUGGCCUGCUGGAGAACUACGCAGCCCACCCCAGCUUUGAGCCUCUGGCCAACCUUCAGGUCCAGUUUAACAACAUGGCUGCCGUAAUCGUCUUCUUCUCCUGGGUCAAGCUUUUCAAGUUCAUCAAUUUCAAUAAGACCAUGAGCCAGCUGUCCAGCACGAUGUCUCGCUGUGCCAAAGACCUUGUGGGUUUUGCCAUCAUGUUCUUCAUCAUCUUCCUCGCAUAUGCUCAGUUGGCCUACUUGGUAUUUGGAACUCAAGUCAACGAUUUCAGCACGUUCCAGGACAGCGUAUUUACCCAGUUCCGCAUCAUUCUGGGAGACUUCAACUUCCUAGAGAUCAAGGAGGCGAACCCUGUGCUCGGUCCUAUUUACUUCGGAACUUUUGUCUUCUUCAUUUUCAUCAUUCUCAUGAACAUGUUCCUGGCUAUCAUCAAUGACACCUACUCUGAGGUGAAGGCUGACAUGUCCCAGCAGAGAUCAGAGAUGGAAAUGUCCGACCUCAUUAAGAAGGGUUGUAACAAAGCCUUGUUGAAGUUAAGACUUAAGAAGACGACAGUUGACACUGUGUCCGACAAUUUGCGUCCAGCAGGGGGAAAACUCAACUUUGAUGAGCUCCGUCAGGAUCUGAAAAGUAAGGGUCACACAGAAGCAGAGAUUCAGGCCAUUUUUGCAAAGUACGACCAGGAUGGCGAUCCGGAGCUGACGGAGCACGAACACCAGCAGAUGAGAGACGACCUGGAGAAAGAGAGAGAGGACUUGGAUCUGGAGCGCAAUUCGCUGACUCGUCCCGGCAGUGGGCGGAGCUUCCCCCGCACGCAGGACGACUCCGAGGAGGACGAUGAUGAGGACAGUGGUCACAGUUCUCGUCGCCGUGGCAGCAGCUCGGGCGGCGUCUCCUAUGAGGAGUUUCAAGUGCUGGUGAGGCGUGUGGACAGGAUGGAGCACUCCAUCGGCAGCAUCGUGUCCAAGAUAGAUGCCGUGAUCGUGAAGCUGGAGGGCAUGGAGAGGGCUAAGCUGAAAAGGAGAGAUGUUCUGGGUAGGCUGCUGGAUGGAGUCAUGGAGGAUGAGCGCCUGGGACGGGACACUGACGCCCACAGGGAGCAGAUGGAGAGGCUGGUGAGGGAGGAGCUGGAGCGCUGGGAGUCUGAUGAUAUGGCCUCCCAGGUCAGCCACCCUCAGCUGGCCACUCCCAUUGGCCAGCGGCCUCGCCCUGCCUCCUCCUUGUCCACGGACGGCUACGACAUGAGCACAAAUGGAAGCGUCCACAUGUGAAAGGCCUGGCACGCCAAAGAAUGCGCCGCUCUGGAAAAAAAAUCAGAAAAGCCCCACCAGCAGCCCAAGAAACUCCAGAUGUGGGACGAUUCAUGCAGAACACAUCAUGGCAGACGUUUCAAUGACUUGAUAUUUAAUGCACUGAAAGGGAGCGAGGUCUGAAUCCAACAGUGCUCUUUAAUCUGUCCAAUCAAAAUGUAUCACUAUGAUGAAAUGAUGAGUUCAAAGAAAAAUGAUUUUCCAUUCAUCGGAUCCUUCUUCACAGCGUGGCGCCCGCGCCCCAGCACAUUCUAAGAAUUUUGUGUACGACUUUUAUAUCACGCCAGAAGUGAUGCACACAUUGUAGCAUUCACACAAGAGGCAUUUUUACGAUUGUUGAUUUUUGCUACUUUCAUCAUUUGACUUACAGUAGGUCCAAGCAUGACACAGACUGUCAUAUUUACUCAUCGUGUUUAUUUACACACCAUGUCUAUCAAUUAAGCUCCGCAUUAACUAGCUUAUGAUUUUAUGAUACAUAUUGUAACUUGAAACAAACUUCAAUUUGGAGUGCAUUUAGUAUUCAUGGGAAACCCAUGCAUUUAUUUGAAAAUGUUCCCCCUGUAUCUGUAAUUUUGAAAUUUUUUAAAAACAUGUUGCACUAAAUAAAGUGUUCUUAAAAUUGAGUCUUAGUGUCUUUUUUUGGUAUUACCAAACACAAAAGGUGUCCUUAGUAACAUUUUCAGGAGCAAGGAAAAAA